AUGCUCACCGCCCUUACGCGCACUGCUGCUUCCCGCUCUCUCGCCCGCUCGCUGCACACGACCCCCGCUCGCACCAUGCCCCUCUACGUCUGCUACUGCCCCGACUACCCCGACAACCUCCAGACGAGGCUCAAGGCCCGCGAGGCCCACCUUGCUGCCGCGACUGAGGACAAGAAGACCGGUGCUUCUGAGUCGAGAGACGAAGCUUGGGUAUGCUCCGGAAUGCAGCUGACACCAGUUUUCGGCCGCGCGUUUUUGGACGACAAGCGCUCGACGCAUACCGAGAAGCAGCCGCACGAGGACCAGCUCUCGGGCAUGGACGGCAGCGUCAUGAUCCUGCGCCAGCCGACGAUCGAGGCGGCCUGGGACCGCAUCAAGGCCGACGAGUACUGGAAGCAGGGCGUGUGGGACAAGGAGAAGGUCGUUGUGCGCGAGAUUAUUGGCGCGCCCGUUGACGAGACGAUCAAGAUCCAGUAA